AUGGAUAAAAAUCUGUGUGAAAAGUUCGAGGAUGUAUGGGAGGUUUUUCCCGAAGAAUUGACCAGUGAUAAAAAUUAUCAAUUAAAAAAAGGAAAUUUCUUAGAAAGUUAUUGUUAUAAUGAUGGAUGUGAAGGUAAUCUCGAUAAAAUUAAUGCCGGAUUUUUUUAUUUGCUUAAUAAAUUCUUUGGCAGUUCUGGGCCAUCGUAUUAUGCGGAAAAUAAUAUAAAUGUUGUUGAUUAUACUAUUCUAUGGUUAAGUUAUAUGUUAACCCUAAAGGAAAAUGAAUUUAAAAAUAGUAUACAACAUUUUUAUACCACAUUUAUAAAUAAUAAUGCAAAAUAUAAAAGUACUGUAGAAAAUGUUAAAGGUUGUAGUACUUUUAAGGAUAUUAUAGAUAAAAGACACAAUUUGAUGAAUAAGGACAUGGAUAAAAAUAUGAUAUCUACAUUGCAUGAUGCAUUUAAAUUAUUAUGUAAAAUGUAUACUGAUUUUGAUGAAGACACGUCAAAUUGCAAAAAAUGCUCGGAAAAAGCUAAUGAUUUUGUUGAAAAAUAUAAAAACCUUAAGAAUUAUUAUAGUAUUCCUGGAAACGAUUCAUAUAAUAAAAUGUUGUCUACUUUAUCAACUGAUUAUAAUAAAUUAAAAGAUAAAUGUAACGAUACUUUAAGCUUUCCAUCUAUAGAAACAAUACAAAGUUCUGAACAAAAAUCUGGAUUCAUUUCUGAAGUUGCAUCAUCAAGUUCGUCGAUAACAAAUAAAUUAAUUUCAGUUUUAUCGAUAUUUGGUGUAAUAGGAUUUCUUUUAGGAAUUUCUUAUAAGUAUUCGUUAUUUGGAUUUCGGAAACGAUUUCAAAAACAAAAAUUAAGAGAAAAACUAAAAAAUAUAAAGAAGAAAAUGAAUCAUUAA